AUGACAUCAGUGGAGCGCAAGGAACACAUUGCUACAUGGAAUGGUGAUGCAACAUUGUGGCUUGACUAUGUGAAGAGAGUUAGGUUGCAAUAUGAGAGGACGGAGCCCAAGAAGCGUUGUUUGUUGGGAGCAGAGUUGGCUAGUCGGUUGACAGGCAAAGCUUGGGAUGUUGCAUCGGCAGAGAUCGACCACUCCAAGCUACAGCAGUCGAAUGGAGCAUCCUACUUGUUGUCAUUCCUGGAGGAGCGCCUGUGCAAGACACCAGUUCCGGACGUUGGCCAACGACUUGAAGAGUUUUUCAUGAAGUUGAGGCGCCAACCAGGAACUUCCAUGACAGAAUGGGCAACUUCGUUGAGGGAAUCAUACAAACGCCUUCAACGAGCGAUGGCUCGCCAGAGACAGCAAUCACAGCCAACCUCCUCAUUGAAGGAGACUGCACCUGCUGGACAUACCACUCCAUUGACGACCCCUAGUCGUGAACGACGCUCGGAUCGCACCACGCCACAGGCCCGUCAUGAGACCUUCGCCACCUUUCCGGAUGUUGAAGUGACUUCCAACCCCGGUAGAGCUGGAGACGAUCAGCAGGAACCUUUCGAGCCCGAUGCCCCUCGGCGUAGUGAUUAUGCUGAGGUCCCUCAGGAUGAUGACCAAAGGUGGACUGCCGCCGAAUGGCGGGACUGGCAACGCAACCGCUGGUCAUGGUGGGAAGAUAGUUCUUCCCCUUGGCCUGAAGAAGAAGAGGUGAAAUGGGAACAGUUUGAGUUUUAUGAUGUUCAAAUUCUCCCCCAAGAGUUGUUGGGUUGGUUGCUGCUGCGCCGCAGUGGAUUGCCUGCUGCCGCCCGGCUUUCGGUGCUGAGCGCCAUCAACAACAAGCUCGAUCUGGAAACCAUGGAACGAGCGAUGAGAGAUCAGGAGGAGGAGUUGCUAAUGGCCGAACAUCAUCGUGCACCUCAUCUCGCUCGACCCCGACGUUCCUUUUGGGUUGAGCAGGACUCUGAAUGGGGACUUUUGAAUGAACCCGACAUGGAUGAGGUCGAAGAAGCUUCGAUCUACUGGGUUGGUGAUCGUCUGCCUCCUGAGGUCUAUCCCUCAUGGGAGGAACCUGCUACAGCCUGGACUUCAUGGUCACCCGAUGGCCAAGAGCUGACCUGGACCUGGCAGGAGGACGACUUCUAUGCUCAGGACAUGGCCGGAGCCUUUUGGUCAUGGACUGAGUACAAAGAAUGGUUGGAUGCAGAAGACAUGGCACUUUCCAACCCCGAUGACUCAGAGAACAUUUUUGCUGUUUAUGCCGCCUUCCAAGAAAAGAUGAGAUCCUUUCGGGAUAGCAGGAAGUUGAACUAUGCUAAGCAGCAUUCACGUGGUUACUACCCCCUCUCCAUGUUCAAGGGCAAGUCCAAAGGGAAGAGCAAAAAGGGGAAACCCAAAGGUUCGUUUGGUUCACCACCAUCAUCCACCUCGACAGCAUUGGCCAGCUUUCAGAAGGGCAAGGGUUCUUCGGGCACGCAACGCCCUGGGAACCCUGAGUAUCGCGGAUGCUUCAUCUGCGGUUCAAAGGAGCAUGACUUUCGCUCGUGCCCUCGCCGAAAUGGGGAUUCAGGAACAUCUUCAUCGGCAAGGCCAAACUACUUCCAGAACCAGGUCUUCGUGAUCCUCUCGGUGGAUGAGAACGAGACCACCGUGCUGACAGCAGAUGGUGAGGACACAGCCUCAUCCUUGGCUGCAGUGGCCGUUGAAUACCCUGGCCAUGCAGUGAUUGAUUUGGGAGCGACGGAAUCUCUCGCGUCGCUAGAUGCCCUGCAGGAGAUCAUGAACCUGCGGUUGAUCAAAUUUGGAGAAGAAGAAGUGAUCGUGAAAGAGGAGACCAAGAAGUUCAAAUUCGGCAAUGGUGGCACUCAGAGAGCCGCCUCCUUUGUUGAGCUUCCCCAAGUGAUUGGAGGAACAAAAGUUGCUUUAGGUGUGCACGCAAUUGAUGCACCUGGAGUUCCGUUGUUGCUGAGCGUUCGCACUUUGCGACGCAUGGGAGCUGUCAUCGAUACAGAGCGCAACAUGAUGCAGCUUCGAAAGUUCUCAGAAGAAUGGAUUCAGCUGAAGCAGAGUUCGAAUGAACAUUUGCUGCUGGACAUGACUUGCUCAAGCAUGCCAUCUGUGGCGAAAGCUUUGACUACGCUUGCUGCAGCUACCCGUGCUCUUCACCCUGUGCUUCAUGGCUAUGGCCACUCAGGGUCGCAUCCCUACGAAGGAGGAAUUGGAGUCAGCUCCAAGCACUGGGACGCCGGCAAGCCGCUCGACGACUUCGACUACAAGUUCCAAGCCUCAGCGGAAGUCCAGAAAAGACAGAACCCCGACUCCAGAGAAGUACGACAUGACCAGAACUACUGGUCCUCCAGCCGACGAUCCAAGGAGCUGCGGAUCUCCUACACCCCAGCCUUCGGGGCAACAGCACUGCACCGACAAGCAGGACCACUACCUGCGGAUGUCACCACGACCAUCGAGCAGCUCGAACCCCAGAAGAUCAAGGAGGAUCCCAUGUACCGCGAGCAGCUCAAUGCCAAGUCGGUGGGCUACAAAGGGGCCGAGGAUUCGUUGCAUCGCCGCUUGAAGGAGAUCGAAGAGUCCAAGAAGAAGAAUCCACCGCGGCAACGACCAGGUGCAGCGAAGGACACCGAGAUGCCAUCGGUCCAUGCCUCUUCGGCUCAAAGGGGAGCUCAGGUGACACCAGAGCAGAAGAAGUCCACCAAGAGGGAGAACGACCAGACUCCAGAGCACGAGGAAUGGUCCUUGGUGAAGGAGCCGGAUUCGCCCGAGCAGGACGAUGAGAAGUACCAGAAUGGUCGAUGUGGCUUCCUGACUGACAGUCAGCGGACGCAGCUAUGCCUAUGUGCGGAGGAGUUCCUGGAAGAAGCUCAUUCAGCAUGGCAAGACAUCCUUCCUCCGGAAGAUGGCAUUGACCUCAUGGAGAUUUGCUGCCCCCCGGACUCGAGAUUGACUCAGACCUUCCUGGAUCGUGGACGCAAGGCUAUAAGGGUUGGUUUGCCAGCUCACAACAUCGCCACCUCCAAGGGAGUUCAAGAGAUCAAGAACAUGAUCACUCGUUGGAAGCCAAAGCUGACAUGGUUUUCUUUGCCCUGUGGACCUUUCUCUCCUAUCCAGGAGCUCUUCAACGAGAAAGAUGACUUGGCCAAGGCCAAAAGUAUGGAGAGGAAGCAGAAGGCGAAGAAGAUGAUCAAGAAUGGUCUUGAUAUCGCCACUCAUCAACUUCAACAAGGCCGUGAUGUGGCUUGGGAGUGGCCCUCGAACAAUCGAGGAUGGAAUCUUCAGCUGGUUCGCCAAUUUUGGAGCCGGCUUGAACAGACAGGUGAUCUUUAUUGUGGACACGCCAAUGGAUGCGCCUUUGGCUUGCGAGAAGAGAAGUCAGGUCUUCCCAUCAGAAAGCCCUGGCUGAUCAAAACGACCUCCAAAGUGGUGGCUCGAGCAGUUUCACGAACAUGUCCUGGCACAGCAGUCCAUCCACAUCACCAUGAAUGCAUUGGAGGUUCAGUGGCUCGCAACUCAGGCUUCUACCCUUCGGCUUUGUGUGAUGUGAUCUUCAAGGCCGUCAAAGAGAUGAGUAUGGCUGAAGCCAAUGGUGUGAUCCCGGCCUGCGCCUAUCCCGUUUUUGGCACAGGUGACAUGGAGCCAGAGAGACCCAAGAAGACCUAUGAGCCCCUGAACGAGAAGGAGAAGCGUGGUGUCCUCCAGAUGCUUGAACGUUUGCACAAAAAGACAGGUCACCCAUCUAAUGCUGCUUUGAGCUCAUGCCUACGACAUCGAGGUGCUCACCCAGAGGUGAUUCAACUUGCAAGCAAGCAUAUUUGUCCUGAAUGUCAGGAACUACGUGCCGCACCUCUACAUCCAGCAUCUUCCCUGGAGAAAUCGGAGACUCUAUGGGAGACAUUGGUGAUUGACAACAUGGAGUUCACUGUGUCCGACAUCACCUACCACAUGAUGGUGAUGGUGGACGAGGCUUCAAGGCUGAUGUGCUGCCACUACCUCUACGAGCAUCCGGCAGCUGAGUCGCGCAACGCGACAAGUGAUGAGGUCAUCCAUGGCCUUGAGAGCACUUGGAUCUUGCACUACGGUCUACCCGGCAAGAUCAGAAUGGAUCCAGAAGGAGCUUUCCGGUCCAAUGCACUUGGACUAUGGGCUGAAGAAAGAGGAGUUGAACUUCUUCCAUGCGCGGCGGAAGAUCAUGGCCAGAUAGGCAUCGUGGAACGAUCCAUCCAGACCAUCAAGGCCACCAUCCGCCAGAUUCUACAAGGAAGUGAUUGCACUCCUUGGCAGGCCGCCGUUCAAUCCUGUCAGGCUCACAACCAGCUCGAGAAGAUCGAGGGCUAUUCACCAUUUCAGUGGGCAUUUGGCAGACAGCCGACUGUGACUGGCCGAUUCCAUGAGAAUGGGUACGACGAUCCGUACUGGACCUCAGUGAGAGUACCUGGCUCCAGCAUGAUGAAGAACCUCUCACUCCGGAUCUUGGCACAGCAGUCUUUCCUCCAGCAGCAGUCUCGAGAACUCAUUUCGAGAGCUUCAAAUGCCAAGACGCGGAGAAAGACGACAUUUUUGCCAGGAGAUCUAGUUUAUUUCAAACGGAUCAAGCCGCCAGCUCAGCCUCAAAGCCAUCUUCGCCUCGCUCACAAACUUUGGAGAUGGUACGGCCCUGAUCGUGUCUUGGCUUCAGAAACCCGAACUGACGCCAAAGGAUUCGAGAGACGCCCUAGCAGCAUCAUCUGGAUAGUGAGCCAUGGUCGCUUGAAACGGUGCUCCCCGGAACAACUUCGACACGCCUCCGAGAGAGAACGCCUCAUUGCAGAAGGAAUGCAAGCACCUACAGCUUCCUGGACGUUCCUUGACCUGGCAGCCACCCUGUUCAAGGGUGAGUACGAGAUCUUGGAUGAUCACCUCUUGCCGGAGGACCUGAUCUCAAAGGGUGCGCCGAAGACACCACGGCGACCCAGGUCAGUUGGUCCAGAAAGUGGUGCACCUACAACGCCGCGACCUCGGAGAAGCUCUUCAGUGCCUAGGCUUGAACGGGCCCCAGAAGAUGCCCAGCGGACCCCAGAAGAUGUCCGAAUGAUGCAGACCCCAAAAAGAAAUGUGAGUGAGAUGCCGGCCGACGAAGGGGCACGUCAGAAGGCUAAGGCAUCAAGAACGAAAGAAGAAAAGAAGACGGAUGUUUUUCGGGAACCUUCUUCCGUAAACCCUGGAACCCCUGGUUUGGGUAGCGGUAGUGCACCUUCUAGCGGACCCCAAAGCGGGACACGCUCCCCCAUAGAUCUCGGCCGCGUCAUCCGUGAUCCUGGGUAUGACCCAACAGCCAUGGCACAGGGCAGGAACAUGCCCGAGCUGUUUGAGCAGCCCCUGUUCAAGAAGCAGCGGAUGAAACUGGCAGCUGAGACCGACGAUGAGCUGCUGGCGCAUGGCUUCUUUUCCUCAAAGGGCGAGUUUCGCCUUGGUGAUUUGGCCUGCGAGAUCGAGCUUUCUUUGCCCGUGAAAGCCAGCGAAUGGCGAUCUAUGAAGAGGGACGCCUUGUCCUUCUUUGUGAAGAAAGUGAAAGGAGCUGAAGUUCGAUGGCACGAACUCUCACCAGAGAAAAAGGCUCUCUUCAAGACAGCCAAAGAUGCAGAGGUAUCCCAAUGGCUUGCUGCUCAGGCCGUUCGAAAGGCCAUUGGACCAGUGCCCAAGGACCGCUUGGUUCGCAUGCGGUGGGUGUUGACGUACAAAGACACCGGAGCCGCAAAGGGCCGCAUCGUUCUCAUCGGGUACGAGGACCCUGACCUGGAGGACAUCCAGUCUGCCGCACCGACUAUGACACGAAGAACCAGGCAGCUGGCAUUGCAGUACUCUUCGGUUCGCGCUUGGCGAGUGCUCAAGGGCGACGUGAAGAGCGCCUUCCUUCAGGGCGAGAUCAUGGAGCCAGAAGAUUUUAGCUUUGUUUUGAGUCACUCCAAAUUCAUCGAGGGCAUUGAACCCAUCGAGUUCGAGGCCCGACAAGAUCACGAUCCUGUGAAAGCAGAGGAGUUGACACAGCUGCGUGGUGUGUUGGGGGCCCUGCAGUGGAGAAUCAACCAGAGUUCACCAUUGCUUGCUGCCCGACUUGGACAGCUACAAAGCGAGAUCAGCAGUGCAACAGUUGGUACAUUGAGAGCCACGAACAAGUUGCUGCGUGAAGCAUUCCACGGUCGCCAUGUGUCAGUGCGUGUGAACCAGUUGCACGUUGGCGAUCCUUUGGAUGUUUGUUUCCUAGGUUGGUCGGAUGCGGCAUUGGCCAACCGGAAGGACCUUAGCAGCACUGGAGGCUAUGUCAUCGCCGCAGCGUCGCCCAAGAUGUUGCAAGGCACCAGGAGCCCACUGUCACUGGUGUCAUGGCGAUCGGCUCGCUUGCAGCGAAAGGCUCGUUCGUCUUUGAGCGCAGAAACCCAAGCCCUGGCGGAAUGUGAUCAAGAGUUGAUGUUCACAAGGCUGGCUUGGGCAGAGUUUUGUGGCAUCCAAGUCGAUUUGAAGCAGCCUUCCUUGGCUGUAUGCCGCAUUUGUGGAGCGGUGAUCGUAGAUGCCAAAGCUUUGUAUGAUGUGCUCAUCAAGCGAGAUCUCAACUCCAGCGGUGCGGGUCUGAAAGACAAAUACACCGCCUUGGAAGUGUUGUGCCUCCUUGAAUCCAUUGAGCGGAAUUCGACGAUUGUGCGGUGGGUGCACAGCGAGUCACAGAUCGCUGAUGCGCUCACGAAGCCACUGCCUCCCGGAAUCUUAGAGAAGGUCAUGGUUGAGGGAUCAUGGACCCUUCGCUAUGAUCCAAGCUUCACGAGUUCGAAACGACUCAAGAAGGCCGGACGAGAGAAUCCUGUGGUCGCCCAGCCAACCGUCUUUGAUCAAGA